UCAGUUUUGGCAGCUAUGAUUACAACCUUCGUGGUGUUGUCGAACAUCACCAUCGUGGCGGCCAUGUUGGUGUCACGUGACGCUUUUACAACAAACAACGACCACAACAUCACAAAACUUCUGAUGGCCUCCAUGGCGUGCGUUGAUAUUCUAAUUGGGACAUUCCACAUGCCGAUUAGUGUUGUGAAAAUUAUAAAUAACGGCAAGUGGAUUCUGGGUACAGAGUUGUGCAGCAUCUGGUACCACAUCGGAAAUGCUUUCUGUGGAGUCACCGCAAGUCAUAUAUUAUGUAUAGCUGUAGAUAAAUAUCUGGCAGUCGGCAAGCCUUUGGUGUAUAGAGUCCUUACUAAAAGAUUUGGCUACAUAACGAUUCUCAUUUCAUGGACACUUCCAAGUGCAAUGUUCUUGCUACCUCUGGUCUCAGACUGGUUUGGGACGACCAACGACGAAUUGACCAAUGGCAAUGAAAAAAUAAUAACAUGUUCGUCUGUUUUAAACAAAAACAUACUUCUAUUGUUUUAUUCCCUAGGAAUUUAUCUCCCGGUAUUAACUACAUACAUUCUGUACGGCCUCAUAAUUUCUGAAAUUUGGAAAUUUAACAAAAGGAAAUCAUUUAAUGCUAAAAACCAUGUUCAGGUAAAUUUCUACUCAAAGAAAAGUAAACUUUCAACAAUUAGUGAGACUCCAUCAAACAAACCGCUUUCAAACCAAGAGUCGCAUUCGAAGAGAUUUUGCGAAAAUAUUAAUACCGAAAGGGACCAACAAUCUAACAAUCCAACAUCAUAUCAGCAAGGCAUCAGCAAGAUGACGCGCCGCUUCUCCCGAAACAUGAAAGCUAUUCGCACACUUGGGACAAUAGUGUUGUGUUUCACGUUUUGCUGGAUGCCCGUGUGGAUAUAUGUUGCUAUCUAUUCCUACCAUCAAUUAGAACUGCCAUCUACGUAUAUUUUAUUUAUAGGAUGGUUAGCUUACACGAACUCAGCAGUCAACCCCGUGCUGUACAGCUUUUUC